AUGUGGCGUGCACAAGUCAUCGUCUUCCUAUUGGCAAUUACUUCCGUCACCUAUGCCAAGGUAGCCGUGUUGCCGCACGAUGUCUACCCCGGUUACGAGGUAACGCAAUUCCGGCGCGACGCAAGUCGCGCCUCCAAUUUCCGUCUUUUGGAGACCGGUUUCUCCAAGUACUUCACUGUGUUGGGUAACGGCCUGGUGAUGACGACGUCGGACCUGACGCCGUUGGUGGAUCGCUCUGUGAACCUGAUCGUUCUGGAGGAACUGGCCAACGGUACGCAGACCCACGACCUUCAUCUCUACGUCAUCAAUCGCCGAAACAUGCUAACUUUCUCGCAUGACCGUCUGGGUGAGGGUGAAGUACCGGAGAAUUCACCGAUUGGAACGAGGAUAGACGGUUUUCCAGUUUUGCGGGCACGUGGCAGCUUUCCGGUUCAUUAUAAGAUCCUGCCGGAUGAUAACGGAGAACGUCCUUUCGCUCUACGAGAGACUGAAUCUAGCGACAGCGGCUUCAAUCUCACCCUGAAGAACCAAAUGCAGGGCGUCAGAGUGGUCACUGCGAAACCCCUGGAUCGCGAGAUUCGUGGUGUCUAUACUGUCGUGAUACACGCGUCGGAUGGUAAUUUUAUCAGCACUUCGAAGAUCAGUGGUAUCGUUCACGUGCUGGAUCAGAACGACAACAGUCCAAUCUUCGAACGCGAGCUGUACAUUUUCGAGAUUAGACCAACGAAUUUGGACAUCUUGCGCAAAGAUAACAUAGCGCAACCCGGCUGGAAAAGGUUCUCCACUGUGGGCAAAGUCACGGCCAAGGACGCCGACGGGGACAAGGUCGCGUACAAGUUGGUCACGCCUAGUAGCCUACUGAUCGUCGUACCACAGACCGGCGAAUUGUUACUGACCGGCGAGCCGGAAGUCAAUCCGGAGCAGGAUAGCGAAUGCGAGUUGAUCGUUGAAGCGCACGACCUACACACGCCGAGCCGCAGCACUGAGAAACCGGCCAAGGUUAUCGUGAGGUUCCUCACCUCAGAGCCGGACGAUCCACCGGAAGUGCAUCGUAUAGAGAAGAGAAGGGUCACUAGAGCAGUGCGACCGACAAAGAAAGUCGACUUCACAGAAGCGGACGGAAAUAUCGAGGGCAAGAUCGCGUUUUAUCUAGAGAAGGAAAACGAGAAGGAGACCUACAAAAUAAGAGAUGAGAAUAAGUGGGUCACCGUGGGCGCCAAUGGUUCUGUGAUGGUUAAACAGAAAUGGGACUAUGAGGAAUUGGGCCCAGAGAAGACCAUCGACUUUUGGGUUACUAUUACGAACACAGGUACAGGAUUUCAAUAUACCGACAAUCAGCGCGUCAUCAUCAACAUGAAGGAUGUGAAUGACGAGCCUCCGUAUUUCAUUAAUCGGCCACUACCGAUGCAAACGGUCGUCCAGCUGAACGCACCGCCGAACACUCACGUGUUCACCCUUCAAGCCAGGGAUCCUGACACCGACCACAACAUCCAUUAUUUCAUCGUGCGAGAUCGAACUGGCGGUCGCUUUGAGGUCGACGAGAGAUCAGGAGUAGUACGUACUCGAGGUACCGACCUCUUCCAGUUGGAUAUGGAGUAUGUCCUUUAUGUGAAAGCUGAGGAUCAAAACGGUCGUAUUGACGAGAGGCGUUUCCAGUCGACUCCUGAGGAAAGACUAUCGAUCGUCGGUGGAAAACGCGCACCGCAGUUCUAUAUGACGGCGUACGAGGCUGAGAUACCGGAAAACCAGAAGAAAGACUCAGAUAUAAUAUCGGUGAAAGCUAAGUCGUUCGCCGAUCGAGAGAUACGCUACACGCUGAAAGCACAAGGUCAAGGAGCUGCGGGUACAUUCAAUAUCGGUCCGACUUCUGGAAUUGUAAAACUUGCGAAAGAACUGGAUUUUGAGGAUCUACGGCAGCCUCACAUUUAUUCUCUAAUAGUGACGGCCACGGAGGACUCGGGCGGUUUUUCAACAUCAGUCGAGCUAACAAUUAGGGUAUCAGAUGUAAACGAUAAUGCUCCCAAGUUUGAAUUGCCGGAUUAUCAAGCUCACAACGUCGAUGAGGAUAUUCCGUUGGGCACGAAUAUACUGAAAGUCAAAGCAACUGACGCCGAUUCAGGAGCAAACGCGGAAAUAGAAUAUUUAGUAUCCGACGAUCACUUCAGUGUGGAUUCAAACGGUAUUAUUGUCAACAAUAAACAGCUUGAUGCGGAUAACAAUAAUGCUUAUUAUGAAUUCAUCGUUACUGCUAAGGAUAAAGGCGAACCGUCAAAGACUGGCACGGCGACAGUGCGGAUAUAUACAAAAAAUAAAAACGACGAAGAGCCGAAGUUCUCCCAGCAGGUUUACACGCCUAACGUCGACGAGAACGCCGGACCGAACACCCUGGUCACCACCGUGGUAGCUUCGGAUAAGGACGGCGAUAACGUGAGGUUCCGAUUUGUCGGUGGGAACACCACGUCGGGACAGUUCGUGAUUGAAGAGAUCACGGGUGUAAUUCGUCUUCACGGGAAAGAAAUCUCUUUGGAUCGAGACAAAUACGAGCUGAAUGUCACCGCCUUGGACGACGGCGCGUGUUGUCCAAACGGCGAUAAAACCAUACACACCAGUACAGCGGUUGUCGUCGUUUUUAUAACUGAUGUGAACGACAAUAAACCGGUCUUCAAGGAUUGCGGGAUGUAUUAUCCGAAGGUGGAGGAAGGUGCGCCAAACGGUAGCACAGUUAUUAAGGUACAGGCGACUGACGAGGAUAAGGGUGUCAAUGGACAAGUCAAGUAUUCGAUCGUGCAGCAGCCUAAUCAGAAGGGCACAAAGUUUACCGUUGACGAAGAAACUGGCCAGGUCUUAACGAAUAAGGUGUUCGAUCGCGAAGGCGACGACGGAAAAUUUGUAUCUGUCACCGUCAAGGCGACGGAUCAGGGUGAGCCCUCGUUGGAAGGUGUUUGCUCAUUUACCGUCGAAAUAACGGAUGUGAACGACAACCCGCCACUGUUUGACCGACAGAGGUAUGUGGAAAACGUGAAGCAGGACGCGAGCAUUGGAACAAACAUAUUAAGAGUGUCGGCAUCCGACGAGGAUGCUGACAACAACGGUGCAAUCGUGUACUCGUUGAGUUCACCCAACAAUGAGCAGAAUCUGGAGUACUUUGAGAUCCAACCAGAAUCUGGUUGGAUCGUAUUAAAGAAACCCCUAGACCGCGAGACGUACAAGCUGGAGGCGAUGGCCAAAGACAGGGGCUACCCACCCUUGUCGCGAACGGUGGAGGUUCAGAUUGACGUUGUGGACCGUGCGAAUAAUCCGCCCGUAUGGGACCACGUAGUGUAUGGCCCGAUCUACAUUAAAGAGAACAUGGCCGUCGGGGCUAAAGUUGUGUCUAUUAAAGCCAGCUCUGGAAUCGACAAUAAUCCGACGGUCUUUUACCACUUAAUGCCCGGUUCCACGGCGCAGACGAACAAGUUUCAUACGUUUUACCUUCAGCAACGCGGAGAGCAAUCGACAACUUGGGCCGAUAUUAAAGUUAAUCAUCCGCUGGACUACGAGAGCAUAAAAGAAUACAAUCUCACCAUACGAGUGGAGAAUAAUGGAGCCCAGCAGCUGGCUUCCGAGGCUACCGUGUACAUCAUGCUGGAGGAUGUAAACGACGAGAUACCGCUGUUCACCGAACGAGAACAGGAAACCGUACUCGAGGGUGAACCAGUGGGCAGCAAAGUCACCCAAGUAAACGCCAUCGACAAGGACGGGACAUUUCCCAAUAAUCAGGUCACAUAUUACGUGGUAAACAGCGAGAGGAACGAAGGCAAGGAUUAUUUCGAGAUCAACAGGGAAACCGGUGAGAUCUUCACGAAAGUAAUGUUCGAUCGCGAGAAGCAGGGUGCUUACGCCCUGGAGGUAGAGGCUCGAGACGGAGCACCUUCCGCACGACCUAACGGCAACGGCCAACCUAACUCAGGUAGGUGGUACAGAAAAUUUUAUUUAAAAGCCGUCUGUGUGCGCCAUACACACUCUCUAUUGCUCGUACUAUAG